GGUUGACAAAAGAAGUAUGCAACAGCACUAAAAGUGGAACCCCCUCUUACACUUGAAGCAUCAUAACAAUGGCUGCCGUUAAAGCUCACGAACUCCGCAACAAGAACAAGGCCGAGCUUGUCAAGAUUCUCGACGAACAAAAGCAACAACUUGCUAACAUCCGCGUCCAAAAGGUCGCUGGUGGUAAGUCCCAAGAAGUUGGUGAAGCACGUAAGAACGUUGCUCGUGUCUUGACUGUCAUCAACCAAACCCAACGCGAACAACUCCGUCUUUUCUACCAAAAGAAGGCUUUCACCCCUCUUGAUCUCCGUGUCAAGAAGACCCGUGCUAUGCGUAGAGCUUUGACUCCUUUCGAGAAGUCCAAGAAGACUGUUCGUGAGCAAAAGAAGUUAGCUCACUUCCCUCUCCGCAAGUAUGCUGUCAAGGCUUAAAUUUUCCCUUUUUCGAAACUUUUCUCAUACUCUGAAAUUGGAAAAUAAAAAGUAGUAUUAUAUAUAAUGUGUAGCAGCAUUGUC